GUGUGUGCACGCCUUCCAGUAAAGGUCGCUAGAAGUCGCAUUUGUGCUCUCGUAUUUGGUGAAGUAAUAUUCAAACCGCAAACCUAUCAACAUGACUACCUAUUUCAAUUACCCACCAAAGGACGUCCAGAAUGAGCUGGUCCGCAUUGCCAAGGCCAUCGUUGGCCCCGGCAAGGGUCUCCUGGCUGCCGAUGAGUCGACCGCCACCUGUGGCAAGCGUUUCGCUGACAUUGGUGUCGAGAACAACGAGGACAACCGUCGCCAGUACCGUCAGCUGCUGUUCACCGCCGACGACCGUCUACAGGAGAGCAUCUCCGGUGUUAUCCUGUUCCACGAGACCCUGUACCAGAAGGCCGAUGAUGGCACUCCGCUGACCCAGAUGCUCAAGAAGAAGGGCAUCCUGUCCGGAAUCAAGGUUGACAAGGGUAUCGUCGAUCUGAUGGGAUCCGAGGGCGAGUGCACCACCCAGGGCUUGGACGACCUGGGCGCCCGUUGCGCUCAGUAUAAGAAGGACGGCUGUGAUUUUGCCAAGUGGCGUUGCGUGCUGAAGAUCGGCAAGAACACCCCCAGCUACCAGUCCAUCCUGGAGAACGCCAACGUGCUGGCCCGCUACGCUUCAAUCUGCCAGUCGCAGCGCAUCGUGCCGAUCGUUGAGCCUGAGAUCCUCCCCGAUGGUGACCACGAUCUGGAACGUUGCCAGAAGGUCACCGAGACGGUGCUGGCUGCCGUGUACAAAGCCCUGAGCGACCAUCACGUCUUCCUGGAGGGAACUCUGCUGAAGCCGAAAAUGGUCACCGCCGGACAGAGCUGCGCCAAGAAGCCGUCCUCCCAGGAGAUUGCCAUGGCCACCGUGCGCCGCACCGUGCCAGCCGCCGUGACUGGAGUUACCUUCCUGUCCGGUGGACAGUCCGAGGAGGAAGCCUCCGUCAAUCUGAAUGCCAUCAACCAGGUGCCACUGGUGAGACCGUGGGCCCUGACCUUCUCGUACGGUCGUGCCCUGCAGGCCUCGGUAUUGCGUGCCUGGGGAGGCAAGAAGGAGAACGUCAAGGCCGCUCAGGAUGAGCUCAUCAAGCGUGCCAAGGCUAAUGGAUUGGCAUACCAAGCAAAAUACGUCGCCGGUUCGAUUCCCUCGUACGCCGCCACUGCCAGUUUGUUUGUAAAAUCGCACGCUUACUAGAGAACGAGAGCACCCCGAACAGCUGCGCUGGGUCACUGCAACUACUACAGCGACUUAUAUGCUGCACUGCAUGCACAAACACAUUUACAGAAACUCACACAAGCAAAAUAACAUCCAAAUAAUUCCAGCGGCAGCUGCAGCUUUGUCGUCGUCGAUCGAAUGCAUUAGUUGUAGUACAGAGAGCAGUGCAGAAGGAAACAUUCCUAUUGUUUUUUUUUGUAUCCACACAACACUACCACUUAAACACUACCUCCUUUUUUAAGUCCAAACACCAGAUGGAACUGUUGGGCGUUAUUUAUAACGCACACGUAGGAUUUAGGCAGGAGAGAGCAAUAGGACUAGUAAGCGCAUUUGCAGG